AUGUCAGCUCUCAUCUCGUACCGUGGAAUGAAGUCGAAGCAUUAUGUUCAGCUUAUUACUUUAACUUUACGAUUUACUGUUGUUAACCGUUACUACGUUCUAUCGAACACUAAUAUCCUAGGAAAGAAGGACAAAAUUGGUAUGAAACAAUCAAGGAUUAGUGAAUUGGAGGAAAAAGUACGUGAAUUGGAGCAACAAAUAUCGCAACACGUGGCAACGAUAGAAGCAAAAGAUGAGGAAAUCAGGAAACUGAAGACUGAACUGGAACAUUCGCAACAAAACACGUUGCAAUCCGCAGACGACUUCAAUUCAACCCUAUUGAAAAUAGUUAUGGAUUUGGAGCAUAAUGUUUCCCAUUUGAAGUCCUUGAUUACAGCGAAUUCUACCAAGGAUGAGAAGAAUGCUUCUGUGCCUUCUGUGCCUAAUUCGCAACCGGAAAAUGCUCAAACAGAUAGGGAACACUCUUCAUCGUUACCGAGUUUGAAAGGAGACGUGGAAGGAGUUGAGAUGAGAGAGGGACGUAGAAAACGCAGAGCAACGCUACGUAUUGGAAGUUUAAAAGAACCAAGAAUUAACGUGAAACUACGCCGUCCAACCUCAAACAAUGAAGCGGGCUCCCUGGUUGCUUCUUCCAGCAAGUCAUAG